CGAUGGGCCUGACUUCGUGUUUUUUACUCGUAUUGUCUCUAGAAAGACAACAUAACAUCAAGUCUAGUAAUAACAACAUCAGAAUGAACGGUACGCUACGAUCGAAAUGAACCCCCUCAACCUGUCUUGAAGAGUAAGUCCUACGAAUGUACGACAAACUCAAGCUCUUUCCCAUUGGACACAAAUGGCGACAAAGAAAUCCCAGGACAUUGAAGUGUUGGGCUACACAACCUUAAGACCUGCAAAAAGGAGAAAACUAUCACCUCCCUCUGCGCCGUCCGAAGGACGCAAACGCUCCCAAGACAAGAAGCCGAGCAAGACGAUCAAACCCGUGAAAUCGACAUCGAAGAAUGAUCUCAGCCCACGACCUCCACGCCAAAGACGAUCUGUCCUCCAAUCCAGAUCCAGAACAUCGCUUCGUUCCGCCGAAACACCCAACCUGAGCCCUUCACGAACCGCGAGUAAAGCUACGUCGAAAUCAAAUUCCGGUCUAUCGACGCCAUCGUCCGACACCAAUAACCACAACAAAAUCAUCUUUACGAAGUCAUUACUGGACCAAAUCUGGACUCGUAACAAGAACCAACAUCGAACCCAACCGUGGUGGAAAUGUCUUGGAAUGUUGAGGAAGGCCCUCACCAAGUUGGCUCUGUUGGACGACAAGGAAAUUCGGUUUCGUCCGACGACGACAAGCGACGGCAAAAAUGACAGCACUGCUACUUCUGUCGACGCAAAAGCGGUCCGAUUACGAUUCGAACAAGAAGCCUUGGUCAAAAAAGAACGAGACGUUUGGGUCGAAUGGAUCCGCGAAACUCUCUUGCCACGCUCUUACGUCGCCUUCACCUCUUUGGUGUCCGACACACAAUUUGCAAACCUAGGAAUGGUUUUGGUCGGGGUCCUUGCGGAUGUUACGGGAGUGGUUGGUGAGCCUACUAGUACCACCAUCCCUACGGCUGUAGUACCCGGCUUUUCAACUCUGGCGACCGAACCCGUGACUUCCCAGUGCCCUCGAAAACCAAACGGUCUGUCGGCCACGAGUUUACGGGUCACCGGAUCACGGACGGGCGAACGGGUGGACAGGUAUCAUGAUGGUGAUGACAUGGGUGAGGUGGUGGAGAGAAAACCAACACUCAGCGGGAACGGAAAGACGAGCCGUUCACAGAAAGAGAAAGAUACAGGGUCAGAUGCGAUCGUCAAGACCCAAGGUGUCCGAUCCACAGAGGCAGCACCCCUGGUGCUGCACGACGACGAUGAGGAGGAGGACGACGACGACGGCGCGGAAGAAAAAUCGUCCGUCGUUCAUAACAGACGACAAUCUCUACAAAGGCGUGCGACGCAAUCAUUGGACGACACGUCCCCCUCGAUGGGCAAUCUACCUAAACCCAUAUCUCAAACAAAACCUCUUCCUCCUUCUUCGACGACCUCCGAAUCCGGUCGACCGGACCUCAACGGCAAGAAAACAACGCCAACGCGCAAAGAUGAGAAAAGGAAAAAGAAAAAAACAAAGGGAGGCGCCAUUGAUGACUUGUUUGCUGGACUGAUAUGACUCCGUGACCGGCAAGAGAGACAAGACUUGGAAAAGAGAAUAGUUUUUGAAUUUUCAACUUUUGUAUUUUGGCAUUCUUAAGAGUACUCGUCAAAAAGUACCACCUAUAACAUAAAGCAUACGCACAAGAUGAGCCACC